UCAGUGCGUCCCGAGCAGCCAGUGCGCGCGGUUACAAUGAGCUUCUCCAUCGGUCCGACUGAGAGCCAGCGUCAGGACCGAGCUCCGAGCAGCAGACACACCGUCACACAGCCCGACCGACACCAGCUCCGCCCGCAGCAGGAUGCCCGGGGGAAAGAGAGGGCUUGUGGCACCGCAGAACACUUUUCUGGAGAACAUCGUCCGGCGUUCAAGUGAGACCAGCUUCCUCCUGGGAAACGCCCAGAUCGUGGAGUGGCCUGUAGUUUACAGCAAUGACGGAUUCUGCAAGCUGUCUGGCUUCCACAGGGCUGAGGUCAUGCAGAAGAGCAGCACAUGCAGUUUUAUGUACGGAGAGCUGACGGACAAGAAGAGCAUCGACCAAGUCAGACAGACGUUCGACAACUAUGAGUCCAACUGCUUCGAAAUCCUGCUGUACAGAAAGAACCGAAGUCCAGUGUGGUUCUACAUGCAAGUGGCUCCCAUCAGGAACGAGAACGACAAGGUGGUUCUGUUCCUCUGCACCUUCAAGGACAUCACUCUCUUCAAGCAGCCUAUCGAAGACGAAACCACUAAAGGGUGGACCAAGUUUGCGCGGCUGACUCGAGCGCUCACCAACAACCGCAACACGCUGCCGAAGCUGGCACCCAUAGAACACGAAGUCAGCCAUAAACAGUCCAGACUGGCUGAGGUUUUGCAGCUGAACUCGGACAUCCUCCCGCAGUACAAGCAGGAGGCCCCCAAGACGCCUCCCCACAUCAUCCUUCACUACUGCACCUUCAAGACCACGUGGGACUGGGUCAUCCUCAUCCUCACCUUCUACACGGCCAUCAUGGUGCCCUACAACGUGUCCUUCAAGACCAAGCAGAACAACAUCGUGUGGCUGGUGCUGGACAGCGUGGUGGACGUCAUCUUUCUGGUGGACAUCGUCCUCAACUUCCACACCACGUUCGUGGGGCCCGGCGGCGAGGUCAUCUCCGACCCCAAGCUCAUCCGCAUGAACUACCUGAAGACGUGGUUCGUCAUCGACCUGCUGUCCUGCCUGCCCUACGACAUCAUCAACGCCUUCGAGAACGUCGACGAGGGCAUCAGCAGCCUGUUCAGCUCCCUGAAGGUGGUCCGCCUGCUGCGUCUGGGCCGGGUGGCCCGGAAACUGGACCACUACCUGGAGUACGGCGCUGCGGUUCUGGUGCUGCUGGUCUGUGUGUUCGGACUGGUGGCCCACUGGCUAGCCUGCAUCUGGUACAGCAUCGGAGACUACGAGGUCAUCGACGAGGCCACCAACACCAUCAAGGUGGACAGCUGGCUCUACCAGCUGGCUCUGAGCAUCGGAUCGCCCUACCGCUACAACACCAGCGGCUCCGGCCAAUGGGAGGGCGGCCCUGGCAAGGACUCUCUGUACAUCACCUCUCUGUACUUCACCAUGACCAGCCUGACCACCAUCGGCUUCGGCAACAUCGCCCCCACCAGCGACGGCGAGAAGAUCUUCUCUGUGGCCAUGAUGAUGGUGGGAUCUCUGCUCUAUGCCACGAUCUUUGGAAACGUGACCACCAUCUUCCAGCAGAUGUACGCCAACACCAACCGCUACCACGAGAUGCUCAACAACGUCCGGGACUUCCUGAAGCUCUACCAGGUUCCCAAGGGGCUGAGCGAGCGUGUGAUGGACUACAUUGUCUCCACCUGGUCCAUGUCCAAAGGCAUCGACACGGAGAAGGUCUUAUCCAUCUGUCCCAAGGACAUGCGGGCCGACAUCUGCGUCCACCUCAACAGGAAGGUGUUUAACGAACACCCGGCGUUCCGGUUAGCCAGUGACGGCUGCCUGCGCUCGCUGGCCGUGGAGUUUCAGACCACCCACUGCGCCCCCGGAGACCUGAUCUACCACGCCGGUGAGAGCGUCGACACCCUGUGCUUUGUUGUGUCGGGGUCACUGGAGGUCAUCCAGGACGACGAGGUCAUUGCCAUCUUAGGUAAAGGCGAUGUGUUCGGGGACGUCUUCUGGAAGGAAACCACCCUGGCGCAUGCGUGCGCCAACGUCAGGGCGCUAACGUACUGCGACCUCCACGUCAUCAAGAGGGAAGCCUUGCUCAAGGUGCUGGAGUUCUACACCGCCUUCGCCAACUCCUUCUCCCGCAACCUCAUCCUCACCUGCAACCUGCGCAAGCGGAUAAUUUUCCGCAAGAUCAGUGAGGUGAAGAAGGAGGAAGAGGAGAGGCAGCGAGCAAAGAACGAGGUGCAGCUCACCAUCCCGCAGGACCAUCCCGUACGCAAGCUCUUCCAGAAGUUCAAGCAGCAGAAGGAGCUCCGCAACCAGGGAGCGGCAGCCGCCUCACACCUGGACCUGGAGAAGAACCAGCUGCAGGUGGAACAGCACCUGCACCCCCACAGCCUGCAGCUGGGCCACUCCAGCCUCCAACACUCACUGCCGCUCAGCCUGCAGCACCCGCCCUCCUCCAUGCAGAACGGGGCCCCACCCAGCAGCAGUGUGCUGACCGUGUCCCAGGUCACGCCCAUGCAGAGCUCGCUGGCCUACAGCCAUCCCGGAGAGCCCCCCACCAAGCAGAACAACUGCGAUAUCAUGGAGCUGCAGCCCAGUUCGACUGGAAGCGGAGCCGAGCAGACUGUCAGGGUCAAAGUCAGCACCAGCCCCGUGCCGGCCAAGCCGGCCGUCAGGGCCAGCGGCUGGAUGCGCCUGAGAAACAACACGGCGCCGGCAGAGGCCAGGAAGGACGGGCUGAACAACAACGUCAAGGCAGUUUCCGUGGAGAUGCUCUCACAGGAGGGUAAAGGUCAGGAUGCAAGAGGCGCUGGUGAUAGAGAGGAGGUGGGGGUGUCCAGCAACAAUCCCCUCCGCAAGACGGACUCCUGCGACAGCGGCAUCACCAAGAGUGAGCUGCGGAUAGACCGGGCGGGGGAGGCACGGACCCCCGCUGCGGUCACCCCCGUCCUCCACAGCCCUCUCCCUGGAGGAGCAGGAUCCCCUCACCCUUUCUGCCCCAUCCCGGAACAGGCCCUGCAGGCCGCGCUGCACGAGACCCGGCUGGAGCUCCGGGGGGACAUACAGACUCUGGGAGGCCGCCUUGGCUCCCUGGAGAGUCAGGUAGCGGAAAUUAUCAAACUGUUGUCAGACAAGAAGCGGCCGCCCACGGGGUUAUUGUCUGCCUCCACCACACCUAAAACCAAAAUCCAACGUCAGGACAUUUUCACUGUUUCCAGGCCGGUUUCUCCAGACUCAGAGAAGGACGAAGGGCUCUGAAGAGAGCCUUACCGGGGUGGAGAGAGUGUCCUGGAACAUAGAGCAAUCACAUGGCAGAUUGUUCUACUAUGAUCACGAUUGUCAGUUUAAGGUUAUGCUCUGUUGGAUCCAGUUAUCCUCUUUGUUUUUGUGAUUGUACAUAUCUCUCUAUGCAUGUCCAGCUGGAUUCUGGCCUGCCAAAGAAACUACUACUGAACGUACUCAUUGCCUGUAUAUUAUGCAGUUGACUGCAUGCAAAUUCAAUUUAAAGAGAAGUGACAUUUUAUUGAGCUACACUGUACAUAUGAAUAUUUUUCAUUGAUAAUUUACUAUGUGGAGAUUCAGGGUUUGCAUACUGGUAGCACUAUAAACAUUGAUAACAAAAAGGAAUUGUGCAUGGAUUAUUCAAAAAUGGAGAAAUCGAAAGGGACGGAGGUUUCUUUUUUUUCUUUGCCUGUGAGACGAAAUAGAAGUGACUCUGCUCUCUCCUCGCCCUCUAACUCCUAAUUUCCACCGGUUGCAGAUCGGCUCCAUGCUCCGCCAUCCGUCAACACCCACCAGGUCCGGAUUUGUCGCGGAACGGCUGCGGCCAUGACUAUCAGCCGAAGUCUCGAGGGACCCACGAGAUCUCGCGAGCUCACGUAGAAUAGAACCACAAAACCAACAAGAGCUUGUUUCCAUCCAGAGGAGUAGAGUGUUGUGUUUUAAAGAUGUAGUGCAGGGAGAUGUGAUCCGCCGUGAGCACGCUCUACUUUAUUUUGAAAAUUAACCCGAUGUUUUAUUUGUGUCUGUGCUCGACUUCCUGUCCCACACUAUUUGACGUGUGCUGACUUGCCACGGAGCUCUCCGGCGUCCGGCAAAUAUAGAAGCUCUGUGUAUCUGCGCCGGAGGGCUGGGGACCGCCAGAGUUGGGACGGAGUCAGGACGCAGCCGUUCCACAGCCAUUGGAAGUACGCACAUUGACUUUAAUGGAAACCUAAUGACUCCGCCGUUGUUCUAGAGCGGAUCCGCAGCCGUUCCACAUCCGGUGGAAAUUAGGAGUAAGAACACUGAUUCCCAAAUGGGAUGAAGAAGCAUCCUUGUGAUAUGUUUUUAUAUUUACUAUCUAUCUGCUUCUUAGAAUAAUUUCUAUUUUUGAUUACGGAAGCAGUUUGAUGUCGGGUGAACCCUUAAAUGUUUAUUUUGUCAGAAUCCGCCUUGUGUCUAUGCACCGCCCGGGUAUGCCGCUAGAAUAUUCAGACUAUUGCUUUGUUGACAUGUCGGUGAAUGAAUGAAGUUUUUUUUGUGCCAUUCCUCUGCAUGAAUCAGGGAUGGCAGGAUGCACUUUGGGUAAAGCUGGAACGACAAGAAGGCUUUAAGGAAAUAACAGAGUUUAGUUCACAUAAAAGUCCACUCAGCACAGUGACAUGUAAUCCCCCGGCCCCAGCACCACACACGACAGUCUUAACCAGCGAGCGUCGCUCUGAAGCGCGCUCCCAGUUUCAUUAAGGACACAGCAGCGUCGCUGCGAAAAGCUCAAGUAAUAAAAAAUGGAAUACUGUACUUUUAUGAGAUCAGUUUUCUAAAUCUGCAUGCAAAGGAGUAGUUCUAUGCUCCAGAGUGUGUACGCAUAUAUAAAUGUCACACACACACACACACACACACACACACACACUACGUUCAUGCACAGUGUGGCGGCGUCUCUUGAUGGGAACACCCCAGGGAGACUUUUUCUUCACAGGAGGCAAAUCAGUCGGUUUUGUCAGAAGUCUAGUUUUUUCAGGUCUGGUGAGAUUUAGACAUGGUCCCCCCCAAAACCUCCGAGCCCCCAAACCCUGCAGUGCAGCAGCACAUAUCUCUCUCUCUCUCUCUCUCUCUCUCUCUCUCUCUCUCUCUCUCUCUCUCUCUCACGCACACAAACAAUCAUAUUUAAAAAGAAAGAAGCUAGAUGUCCGGGAGCCAUCAUGGAAGCCUCAAAUCGUUUUAAAUGACUAGAUUCAUGUCAUUGCUGCUUUAUCAUCAGCAGUGUGAGGGACUGGAUGGAAACAGGUCAGGGACCCCCUAACACAUCUUCUGUUGUCCGUAUUGGGGGUCAUUAGCUCUCAGUUAAAUUAACAGCUGGUUGGAUUUCUUUUCAUGCCCUUAUUAGACAGUUAACAGUAGAGAUAUAACAGGAAAUGAGGAGGGAUUAAACAGGUAAUGACGAAUGCAAAAAA